CUCAGCUGCGCAAACUGCCGCCAUCGCAAGAUCAAAUGCGAUAAGCUACAGCCCCGGUGCAAGCAGUGCGAGCGCUCCGAUCUCGACUGCGUCUUCCCCUCCCGGAAGCGGAACCGCAAGCCACGCCAGGGGAGGCAGAAUGAGCUGCUGAAUCGCAUCACACGUCUGGAGAGCAUCGUCAGCAAAGUCGACUCUGGUAACGUAGAUGGAGUUGUAAGGGGCAGCGGUAUCGGGGCCUCAACCGGCUCGGCGGGAGGAGGAGGAGGAGGAGUGCCCACUACGGCCUUGCUCGCAGCUGCCGCCUCAUCGACGCCGCAUUCCAUUUCGGCGACGACUGGCCGAAGGGGUGUUGGUUUCUGGGAUAACCUGUGCCAAGAGGUCGAGGGUAUGAGACAGGCCCUUGACCAGCCAUCCGACAGCGAAGGGUCCGACGAUGAGGAAGGAGGAGGCCAAGGCAAGCAGGGCCAGCAGCAGCAUCAGCACAGCACGACGAGCCCCGAGUCAUCCACCGCCAAUAAGGGCCAGACGCCGCCCGCGCUGUCCGGGCUUAUAUCCAGCUUCGUCACCGGCGGGGACGAGCCGCUGAGGCACCCGCCGCGGGAUCACAUCAUGUACAUGUGCGGCAUCUUCUUCUCCAACGUCGAUCCGGCGUUCAAGGUCAUUCACCGGCCGACGGUCUCUGUCGAGCUGGAAGGGUUCGCGAACGCUGUGAAUAAGCACAUUGACGAUGCGACCGAGGCUUUGUUCUUUUCCAUGUACUACGGCGCCGUCACCAGCUUGACGAACGAGGCUUGUCUGAGGAACUUGGGAGAGGAGAGGAGCGUGCUUGCGCAGAGGUAUCGGGAGGGCGUUGAGAGGGCGCUGCAUAAGGCAGACUAUCUCAACAGCACUGAGAUUCGAACCCUUCAAGCGCUGACGUACUACGUGUGCUUCCUCCGCUCACACAACGCCAGCCGCGCCUCAUGGGCCCUCAUCCCCCUUGUCGUCCGCCUCGCCCAGGCCCUCCACCUCCACCGCGACGGCGUCAACCCCCCUCUCCCACCUUUCGAGGCCGAGAUGCGCCGCCGGCUGUGGUGGAUGAUUGUCGUCCUCGACAUCCGCGCCGCCGAGGACCGCGGCACCGACGCCGCCAUCCCGCGACAGUCUUACAACACCCGCCUCCCCUUCAACCUCGACGACGACGACUUCGGCCCUGCGACGACGGACCUGCUCGAGGACAGGACGGGCCCGACGGAGAUGACGUUUUGCCUGUGCACGAGCAUGUCGUCGGGCAUCUUUGGCAACCUGCGGCCGCGGCACCCGCAGCUCGCGCUCGACAACGACGGCACGCCGGAGCCGACGACGUCGGAGGACGAAAUCAUGGCGCACGCGCAGCGUCUGGAAGCGCUCUUUGGCACCGCACCACCGAAAACCCCUGCGUCGGAUGGUGAUGGCUCUGGUGGCGGAGGCGGCGGCGACGACGAAGAUCAGGAUACGCGGCACCUACCCGCCAACCAUGCCGCCGUAACGGUACGCAUCAUCAUCCUCAAAAUGUGGCUGUCGGCGCAGUACCCCUUUACACCCCGUGCCUCCACGGCGACGGCGAAGCCUCGCGUCGCGCGGGAGACGAUGCUCCGCACGGCGGUGAACACGAUAGAGCUGGUCGAGUACAGCUCGGCGACGUACCGCGAGCGGUUCGGGUGGUGGAUCGACAGCUACGUGCAGUGGCACCCGCUCGCCGUCGCGCUGGCGGAGCUGUGUGUGCAGACGCGCGGGGAGCUGGUGGAGAGGGCGUGGCGGGUGGUGGACCGGAACUUCCACGGGAUGAGGGAGCGGAUCGCGGACACGAGGCGGGGCACGCUGUGGAGGCCGUUGAAGAAGCUCUUGAGACGGGCCAGGGCUGCGAGGGCGGAGGCUAUGAUGGGGGCUAUGCCCUUCGCGACCACAAAUACUGUUGGUCUGGAUGGCCCCACGCCGAUGGCGGUCGACCCGUCGAUAGCGGCGGCGGCCGGGAUGCCCGUGACAUCACUGCCUCCGUCAACCUCAGCAUCUAUGAACCCGCCGUUCGGGCUGACGCCGGAGGACAUGGCCAUGUUUGGGGGCACACCGCUGUUUAGUAACCCGCAGGACCUGAUUGCGCAUUUCGGAAUCCAGAUGGAUGCCGGAGACUUCGGGUGGGACCCGAGUUCGUGGGACGAGUUUGUCGUUGAUGUGAAUAUGGAAAGGUCACCUGGG